GAGCUCCGCUCUUUGUUGUUGGGCCGCACCGUCAGCUCCGGGUCCUUGCGCGCGCUACAUGCGGUGCGACGGCUCAUGCGCUACGUCACGACCUUGGGCUUGGCACAAACCAAGGGGAACGAGGACGGGAAGCAAACUAGCACUGAAUGGAGUGAAGCUGCCUGGGCAAUUUGGGUCCAGAUCUUCUACCAGCUCAAUCGCCACGUCGAGGUCUCCAGCUUUACAGAGCGGGCACCGGGCGUGGCGGGCGCCUCACCGCUGGUGUACCGCUUUGAUUUGGCUCAGCCGAAGCAGGUGGAUGCGUACUGGACGU